GCAUUGCAUGUUCCUUCGGCUGUCAGAAAAAGGCGCGCACGUUCGGCACGUUUGCGCUGCUGAGGCUGAGACUUAGUUUUACAGGCUCCACCAUUUUUAAAAACGCCAGCUACAUUAGCUGACGCCACCGACGCCAGCUUCAGCGCCAGCGCCAGCGCCAAUCAACGUCAUUCUCUCGGCUGCUGCUGAUGCUCUGGUUUUGCCUCUAGGGUUGUCCGCAGCCAUUGCCAUCCUCAGUGCUGCUCCCCAUAGCGUGCCCGCUGCAUCAAUUAUAGGCUGUGCCGCCUGCCUGGCUUCGUUUCGUUAAAUCCGCAUUUCUGUUUGUGUUUAUUCGAGUGCAGAUAAUCAAAUUUAUAUUGUGCAUGUAAAACACAAAUACGCGAAAAGAAAAUGCUAAGCGAAUGCGAUCGCUGCUGGCUACAUAUGAAACACCGCACAAUUUACUGGCAACUGAACGAAAUAAGCUACACACUUUAAACUAAAACUGAUUGUAAUAUUAACUAAAAGAUCAAUACGAUAAGAUUUAUUGAGUAAUUAAAGAAGUGCAUAUACAACGAUAUGAAGUACACAGCAGGAACAGACAACGCGCUGCCCACUGGCAGCAGCAGCAACAGCAACAGCAGCACCGACCCUCAAAAUGCCUUAAAUGAAUUGCAAUCAGGUGUCACAGCCACACAACAACAACUGCAGGAGCAACAACUCGCAGCAACGACAAGUUGCGGCCUAAGCACGGCCGCCGCUUCAAAUUCCAAUUUAAAUCCAAGCCCAAAUCCUAGCAACAGCAACCAAAUUGAUACCAAUGCUGCUAACAACAGCGAUACAACACCAGCAACUGCAACAUCGACAGCGACAACAGCAACUGCAACGGUAACGGCAAGCAAUGCUUUAUUCUGUGAGCAGGUGACGACAGUGACGAAUCUGUUCGAGAAGUGGAACGAUUGUGAGCGCACAGUGGUCAUGUAUGCACUGCUGAAGCGACUGCGCUAUCCCAGCCUCAAGUUUCUACAGUAUUCCAUAGACAACAAUCUUACACAGAAUCUGGGCACCUGCCAGUCGACUCUGAACAGCGUCGUCAUUGACAUCAAUGCGAAUAAUCCAGCCUACUUGCAGAAUCUGUUGAGUGCGUACAAAGCGUGUCAGCCCAAUGAUUUAGCUGAGGGCAUGUCGUCCUCCUCGUCGGACAAGGACUCGAUGCACUGCUAUGGCAGCGACUUUCAGAUUACCAGCAGCACAAAUGCCGCCCAGCUGAGCGGAGAUGAGCGUAAAUUGUGCGCACGCAAGGAGGAUAUCCUGCACGAGGUGCUCAACAUGCUGCCACUGCUAAAACCGGGCAACGAGGAGGCCAAACAGACCUACAUGAUGCUGAUACCGCUCGCUGUGAAGGACACCGCUCAGCAGCUGGUGCCCACGGAGCUGGUGCAGCAGAUCUUCUCCUAUAUGCUUAUACAUCCCGCCGUAGGCAGCGAUGAUCGACGCUCGCUGAAUGUGUGGCUUCGUCACCUCGAAGACUACAUACAAGCGAACAAGCGCAGCAGUUUCUUUGUGCAGCCAGAUCCGCUGCAGCUACAACUGCAGAUGGCCACGGGUGCCAUUUCGGACAGCUCCUCGUCGUCCUCCUCAUCGCUGGGCAAUUUGACGCGCAACGUUGACUGGCAAACGAUUGCGCCGCCCAGCAGACACCACAGCAAACAGCUGCCCAGACAACCUGGUGAAUGGCGAGGCAGUGUGAGCGGCUCCUGCGGCUCGAUCAAUCCACUCUGUGAUAAUUUAAAUGGUAUUACACUGAACGAAUUAGCAUCUAGUCAGAAUAGCUUAGGGCUCUCCCUGGGCAGCAACUCGUCCCUGGUCAAUGGCGUCGUUGCUGGCGCCGCGGCGGGCUCCAUCAUUGGCCUUGGCGGCAACGAAGAUCAUGACACCUCCUUCAGCAAGAAUGGCACCGAAAUCCUUGACUUUGAGCCACUGCACAGUGAUGGCGUUGGCAACGGAACUGCCGAGACAAGCGGCAUAUGCAGCGCUAACCUCAGCCAACAACAGACUCCUACGCAAGCUGCUGCGAUUCUUCCUCAGCUGUUGCAGCCGCCACCGCCGCCUCCCCCGCACCAGCUGGCAUACUCCUCCAUACUAAUGGGGUAUGUGGGCGAUCAGUUUGGUGACGUGAAUCGCUGGAGCCUGGACAGCAAGAUUGCCGCGCUGAAGACACGGCGCUCUAACAGCCUGACCACUCAAACGAUCUCCAGCUGCUCGUCAAACUCAUCGAACUCGUCUGUGAUUACGGUUAACGACAACUGCUCCAACUCGACGGAGAAUUUGGCUCAGUUUGCGAACAAACCGCGCAGCUUCUCGCUGUCCAUUGAGCAUCAUCGUGCUAACAGUACACUGCCGAACAGCACCUCGGACACCCGCCUCGAUGACUUCAAGCCCAGCUACAUUAAGUUCCAGACUCGCAAUGUGGGAAUGUCUGGAAUCGGCCUGUGGCUGAAGUCGCUCCGUUUGCACAAGUACAUUGAGCUGUUCAAGAAUAUGACCUACGAGGAGAUGCUGCAAAUCAGCGAGGAGUUCCUGCAGAGUGUGGGCGUGACAAAGGGCGCGUCUCACAAGCUGGCGCUGUGCAUUGAGAAGCUGAAGGAGCGCUCGCACAUUCUCAGCAGGGUGGAGCAGGAGCUGCACACGGGACAGAUGAAGAUAAGCACCGCUAUCGAGGAACUCACCAACAUUGUGCUGACGCCCAUGAAGCCACUGGAAUCGAAUUCAGGCGAGGACAACAUUGGGUUGCGUUUCCUUAAGGUGAUCGACUUGGUUAGCAAUGCAUUGCAACAGGAUCCUUACUGCGUGCCGGAUGAGGAAACACUGGGUGUAUUCAUGUGGAUACUGGACCGUUCCAUACACAACGAGGCAUUUGUGAAUCAUGCCAAUCAAUUGAAGGAGCUCAAGUUUAAGUUGUCCAAGAUCAAGAUGUCCAUGGUGCCCAAGCUUCAUCAUGUGAAGACAACGAGUGCCACAACCAGCAAUAUGAAUAAGCCCAGGUGGAACGGCAAGGCUCGCAAAUGUGAUCCCAAAAAUGGCAGUAACGAUCGCAUCAAUCAUCGCAAGAACUCAAAUGAUAUGCUGAACUUUUCGCUGAACUGUUUGCAGCAUCCCAUUCAGCAUCAUCAGCAGCAGCAACAACAGCAACAGCAGCAGCAGCAACAACAGCAGCAAUUUGACUAUAAUGGAGGGUAUCAGACACAGCAGUACAAGAGCUCCUCGUAUCCCAACUUUAUGAAUAAUCCCCAGCAACAACAGCAACAGCAGCAGCAGCAACAACCGCCGAAGCAUCAUUCACAGCAUGCACAGCAAAUGCAGCAAAUGUUGCAGCAGCAUGCCCAGCACUUUCCAGCCUUGCCGCAGCAGACGCCGCCGCCUCAUCACAGACGCUCGCUGAAUAAUCUAAUAGUCGUCGCAGGCGGGCCGCAGCAGCCUCAGCAAAUGAUCUUUAAGCCUGGCCAGGGGAUUCUUACCAACAGCAACAACAACAAUGACAAUCUGCAGCAACAGCAGCAGCAGCAGCAGCGCAAGCCCAGCUUGAAUGGCCUCACCACUGGACCCAAUUUAAUUUCAACUGUGGAGCAGCAGCCAAAGAAAACGAUGGCCGCUGUGGUAAUGGUUAGUAAUGUGAAUCAAACUGAAUCCAACCAGCAACAGCAGCAGCAGCAGCAGCCACCGCAAAUAUUAAUCAGCAGCAACAAUAAUAGUAGCAAUAACAAUAACAGCAGCAACAACCAUAAUAACAACAACAAUAAUUUAUUGAACAACAAUUCGAUUAAUCAUCAGCAAUUGCAAUUGCUGGCGGCUGCUGCUGCCGCCGCUGCCGUAGGUAAUGGCGGCUGUUUGUGUCCCGGUGAUGGUUGUGGUGAUGACGUCGUUGCCUGUAGCGCAAUAUGCAACAACAAUAAUAAUAACAAUAACAAUAAUAAUUUUAAUAAUAACAACAACAAUAGAGAUCACUGCCUGUCUCAGCCGCAGCUUAUUAACUUAAGCAUGGCCUCGCUUAAGGAAGGCUUUAAUAUGCCGCCGCAUGAUUACAAAUUGAACGACUUUAAGAGCUUGGAGCAGCUGGAGACGCUCUGCCGCCAAAUGACUGAGCAGGCAAUGAAUUAGUCUGUUGGCAAUUAAUAUCUUAUAAUGUUUUUCAAACUCAAUGUUAAAUUGUUGUGUCUGUCUGUUUGUUUGUGUGUACGUGUGUGUGCGAGUGUGUGUAUAUUGUAGCCCAAAAGGUUUGACCGUGUUUUGUAAUCGUUUUUAGUUCUGUAAGAUAUUGAAAAGUUUGUUUAAAUAUUAAGUUUACCUUCUGUAUCUAAUGUUAGGGUAUAUGUGCGUGAGUGUAUGUGUUUGAAUUUGUUUGUUAAAUGAAGCGACCGCUGUGUAAGUCUGGAGCUACUGCAACCAAAGUAAAACGGCUGGCCGUUCUAAACUGACAGGGUCUAGCUGACAGAUAAGUCCUUUCCCCAAAAGCCAUUGGCGCAGCUAGAGCACAGCUUCAGAAACGACUCAGAGGCGCAGUUGUAAACGCUGCCAAUGUUAUUAAUAUUUAAGUUGAAUAUGUCGAAAUGUAGUUCCACCUAAUCGCAAACUGUAUGCAAGACAACAGCAACAACCAAGAACAAACCAGCAUCCAAAACCAACAACAACAACCACUUUCUCUCUGUAGGAAAAUUUGGCCAAAUUUGAUCAACAUUUUACGCUAUUUUGACGGCUGCCCCGCUAAGACAGACGUCGACGACGAAAUUGCAUACAAUAUAUAUGCGUAAAUAUAAUUAUUAAUAUAUAUGUGCAUGCAUAUGUUAAUAAAUUAUAUUAUGAACUCUGCAUCGUGACCAUGAGACUGACUAAGAUUAUUAUAUUCGCAACUAUGUAAGAACUAGAAAAGCUGGAAUAAUGAAACACGUUUGAAGCUACACACGAGACACACAACAUACGCGAAUCAAAAACGUUGCUUGCUGAAAGUCACAUAAUGAACUAUAUAUAUAUAUAAAUAUAUAAAUAUAUACAAACAAAAUAUAUAAACAAAUAUAUACACAUAUUUAUUUUAAAUUUAAAGGAACAUAAUUGCUGAAAACAAAACUGUAAACUGUAAUUGUAAACACUUAAAGAAAUUUUCUUAUGUUCGAGUUGUAAUGAAAAGCAGAAGUGGUUUAGGAGCAUAUUAAUUAAGCUAAUGCAACACAUACUGUAUUUUGUAUAAGUAGUAAGAAUAUAAGCCAAAAACACACACACAUGUUGUUAGACAUUGUAUUGCAUAUAUGAUUGUAUGCAUAUAUACAAAUAUUAAAUAUGUUUUGUUUUGCUUUUAGGCUUAUUGAAUUGUUCAAUUGUAAACAUUGUGCUGUAUAUUAUGAUAAUGAUGGCAAUCGAUUAUGUUAUGUUAUUUUAAAUUGUUUUGAGAAUUGCUUUAUAUGUUGAUAUAUGUAUAUAUGCAUAUUUGUCAAAUGUCGAUCGAGAAUGCUUUGUAACUAAGCUUAAGCUAAGUCUAAAAAAACGAGAAUGGACCGCUGUAGGCCAUGGAAAAUUGUAAGAAUAUUAAAACAAAUUGUUAGCUUAAAUUUAAAAUGGUGUGUAAAAACUGAACGAAAUGCAUGAGAAUUGCAGGAUUGUAUAUACAUAUAUGGCUGAUGCUUGAUAAACAUAUA